AAAAGUGUCAUUGCCUCUCAAACACAAUAACUGGGAGAGUGAGUGAGAGAGAAGCUGUAUAGUAUAUAAACUUACUACAACAGCAAAAGACAACUGUAUUAUGAUGACACGCUCAAUGGACAGGCCUGAAUCUCCUCCAAAGGGACGCCACAUGGGAGUUGGUUCACAGCCUCCUCCUCGUCUACAGGCAGAGGGAAGCGGUGGCGUUAGUAAAAGACGCGUCAACGGGUCCUCGCCGACACAGAGAUCAGUCAAGCAGUUUUGCAGCAAAAUGACUCAAGAAGAAUGCGUGGCACAACUGAAGCAACUACUCCCAAAAGUCAGCGGUGAAGAAGAGGCAAGCAUAUCAGAGCUUGAUCUCGUUGAGAGGACAAUUGCAUACAUAGCACACCUUGAGAACAUACUCAGUACCAGUAACACCAGCAGCAUUAACCAGCAGGACAGGUCUUUUCAAACUACAGUUGAUCUACUCCAAAAAAUGGCCGUUUAGAAAAAUCUCCGUCUCCCCCGGGGGAGAGAGGAGGCAAGACCAAUCUAGAGAGGACUACGGCAAAAUUUGCUGGAUGGACUUCACUGUGUACAUAAAUGACAGAACUAGCUGGCGUGUGACAAGUCACCACUAGACGUAUGCGUGUAUUUGUGUGUGUUUGUAUGGAAAGUAUCAUGAGGGGAACAGGAAAGGAGACACAGGUGCUGUUUCUCAUCACCAUUAUAUUUUGAGACACUCCUCCUUCGACUGGGACUCUCUAUAAUAACUUUUCUCUUAAUCCUUUUUUUAAACCGAUUGUAAAUACAGUUAUUAUUAUCAUUAUUAUAGAAUUAUUUUUUAAAGACAAAUUCUGUCAAAAUUAAAUA